AACUGGUUGUGUGAAUCUGAUCAUUGUUACAAAGUUGUUUGCUUAUUCUUGUAAACACGGCGCCGAGCCUCAAAAGGCACACCUCCGAGAGUUGAAAGAAGGGGGACUGGGCUGGCGGCAGGUUUGCUGCCACCAAUCCGCCCUUUGCAAAGAAGGAACAGCCUCCGCCUCCUCUUUGAGCAAAUUAAGAAAAAAAGGCGUGUGUGUCCGUGUGAGAGCGCGCAGCGGCGAUUCUCAAGCCCAGUCUCCUUUCCUUCCCUUUCAGCCCGGCAGGUACGCCUGGAGUUUUUUGCUCAGCCUCUCUGUCGCGGCGGCGGUGGCGUUCUGUAUCCGCAAAGAGACUCUUUCCUUUCCCAGAAGAUCCACCGAAACUGGGACCCGCCGAAACAUGGCUGCGAUCCCCGCUCUCCCUUCCACUGCCUCCCUGGUCCAGCUGCUGCUGCUUCUCCACCUCCCGUUAGCCUUCUGGCUGAAGAGGAGCGGCUGCACGCCUAGCUCGCCCCCGGAGGAAGCGCAGGAAUUCCUCAGCCCAGACCCGCUGCCCGAAUCCGCCUUGCAGAAGCCCACCGUCUUCCUAGCCAUCGUCGCCAGGAACGCUGCCCACUCCCUGCCCCAUUUCCUCGGGUGCGUGGAGAGGCUGCGGUACCCCAAGAACAGGAUCGCCAUAUGGGUAGCCACUGACCACAACGUUGACAACACAACAGGCAUCCUGAGAGAGUGGCUGAAGAAUGUACAAAAAUUGUAUCACGAUGUGGAGUGGAGGCCAAUGGAUGACCCUCAGUCUUACCCUGAGGAAAUUGGGCCCAAACAUUGGCCAAACUCCAGGUUUACCCACGUGAUGAAGCUGCGGCAGGCUGCUCUGAGAACUGCCAGGGAAAAGUGGUCUGAUUAUAUCAUGUUCAUUGAUGCUGAUAACUUCCUGACUAACCCAGAAGUGCUGAAUCUGAUGAUAGCAGAGAAUAAGACCAUUGUGGCACCAAUGCUUGAAUCGCGCUCUCUCUACUCUAACUUCUGGUGUGGAAUGACACCUCAGGGCUACUACAAGAGAACACCAGAUUAUGUCCUGGUCAGGGAAUGGAAGAGGACCGGCUGCUUUGCAGUUCCGAUGGUUCACUCCACAUUCCUAAUUGACCUGAGAAAAGAGGCCUCUGAUAAGCUGAUGUUUUAUCCCCCACAUCAGGACUAUACCUGGACCUUUGAUGACAUCAUUGUCUUUGCCUUCUCAAGUCGCCAAGCAGACAUUCAGAUGUACAUUUGCAACAGAGAACAUUACGGUUACCUCCCUGUGCCCUUGAAACCCCACCAGACCCUGGAAGAUGAAGCUGAAAAUCUUAUUCAUCUGCUAACUGAGGCAAUGAUUGACCGUCCUCCAGUUGAACCUUCUGAGUAUGUCACGGUUCCUCCAAGGCAUCCAGACAAGAUGGGAUUUGAUGAGAUUUUCAUGAUAAACCUGAAACGUCGGAAAGACAGGCGGGAUCGAAUGUUGCGAACCUUGCACGAGCAGGAAAUUGCUGUCAAGCUGGUAGAAGCCGUGGAUGGAAAGGCACUAAAUACGAGCCAGCUGAAAGCCCUCAACAUUGACAUGCUCCCUGGCUACCAGGAUCCUUACUCCUCAAGGGUUUUGACCAGAGGGGAGAUUGGAUGCUUUCUUAGCCACUACUAUAUCUGGAAGGAGGUGGUAGACAGAGAGAUGGAGAAGACUCUCGUCAUUGAAGAUGACGUGCGCUUUGAGCAUCAGUUCAAGAGGAAGCUCACAAAGUUGAUGGAUGAUAUUGAGAGAGCCCAGCUUGACUGGGAGCUCAUUUACAUUGGUCGGAAACGGAUGCAGGUGGAGCGCCCUGAGAAGGCUGUUCCCAACGUCAUGAAUCUUGUGGAAGCUGAUUACUCUUACUGGACACUGGGUUAUGCCAUCUCCUUGCAGGGGGCUCAGAAACUGAUUGGGGCUCAGCCUUUCAGCAAGAUGUUGCCUGUAGAUGAAUUCCUGCCGGUCAUGUAUAACAAGCACCCAGUUGCCAAGUACAUGGAAUAUUAUGAAACCAGGGACCUGAAAGCCUUCUCUGCGGAGCCUUUGCUGGUCUAUCCAACCCACUACACUGGGCAGCCAGGUUACCUUAGUGACACAGAGACCUCCACAAUCUGGGACAAUGAGACUGUGCCCACUGACUGGGACAGAACGCUGUCUCGAAAAACGCGGCAGCAGGGCCAGAUCCAUACAGAUGCUCAGAACAAAGAUGCCUUGCCACCUCAGCCCUCUCUCAACCCGUCCUCUGCGAGAGACGAACUAUGACUGCUCACUUGGCCAUGGUGCCCUGACAAUAUCGGCAGCAAAAGCCGAACAUGCCUUGUGCUCCAUCUUUUGGUCUAGGAACCUUCAGAGAUAUCAGUGUGCUGUGUGAACUGGAAAACAAGUCAAUGGGAUUUGACUGCCUGCAAGUAAAAGAAUAGUAUGGGGAGUUCAUCAACCAGAGUGGGUCAGGCUGGCAGACUUUGGAGAAAUGUAUUGACAGCAAGCAACAGUUUUGGCUCAAGAUAUUUUGGUGCCGCAAGGUAUCUCUGAUGAGUUCCUGGAAGACUUUACACAGCAGCAUGUUUCUGCUGAGAAAGGUUCCUUGAAUGACGACUUUCUACAGAUCAAUUUGUAGAAUUACUGUAUUUAUAAAGAUUAAUAUAUGCAGGGAUUAGGAGAGGUGCACAGGAUUUUUCAAGUUGUGAUUGCUGCUGCUGAACAUGAAUUGUUGUUAGUUUUGUGGUGUCAACCAUGUUCUUUGAGAGGAGUAAAAGGAAGGGGACCUUGUUUUCUUUUUCAAAGGAACACAAUCAAAAAUUAUCUCCCCUCCCUAUCGGAGACCCUAGUCAAUCUCUGUGAUGUCAGUUCUGUGAGUCACCAAAGGCUUGGUUCAUUCCUUGUAGAGUCAUAUCAAAAAUACAAGGACUGGUGGUUGUUUCUAAGAAUAUUAGAACUUCCAGUUUACAGAGCGCUUUACAGUUCACAGUCUUUCUUACUGUCAGCAUAACCCUUUGGGGAUAGGUCACUCUUGUUCUCGUUUUAUAGAUGAUGAAGUGAUGUUGAGAGGCUUAGAGCUGGGUCACACAUGUUACUAUUAAGUAUCAAGUGGUGAUUUGCACGUGUGACAGAUUAACUCCCACAGGCAGAACUUUCACAUCUCCUCCAACACGUUGGUUCACACAUUCAACUGCAAGUCAUCAAGUGAUGUAUCCAUAUGUGUGGAGAGGCCCCUUGGACUCGGCAGCAAUUUUAACCCGGCUCUUCCAGAUCAAUUAUACCCUAGACUGUCCUAGCCCUGGCUGAGGUCCUGUGAUAAUCCCAUCUUCCCUUGAAAGCAUUUGUGUCUGGCUCCCAGACUUUGCAAUUCCCAGGCUUGGGCACAGAUGCCACCUUAAAAACUAACAUAUGUGUCUGAUUAACUCUCAAUUUGUCAACCAGUGCCUUAUAGCACUUACAUUUAUAUACUGCUCUAUAGCCGGAGCUCUCUAAGCGGUUUACAAUGAUUUAGCAUAUUGCCCCCAACAUUCUGGGUACUCAUUUUACCGACCUCGGAAGGAUGGAAGGCUGAGUCAACCUUGAGCCCCUGGUCAGGAUCGAACUUGUAACCUUCUGGUUACAGGGCGGCAGUUUUACCACUGCGCCACCAGGGGCUCCUUGACACAGUUGUCACAUAAGAGGGGAGGGGGAGAACAUACAAUGCCUUCAGUCCAGUCCAGGCUGGCCUUAAGGGUGACACAGUAGUCACUCUAACAGAUCUAUUUCUCUCUCCAUUUCUCCUGUUUUUGAUUGAGACAAAACAGGGAAUGUAAACUGGCCUGCCCAUGCUGCUUCUUCAGUGUCUUGUGUUUCUUAGUACAGAUGUCUCUCACCUCAUUAACAGAUUCAUCCAAAAAGGUGCAUCCAAAAAAAUGCACUUUCUUUGCUUAACUUUUAAAGAGAAUGCAUAAAAAUGCUGAUAAGAGCAGACAGCCCUCCUUUCAAAGUUAUACCAAGAAAAAAACCUGCAAUGCCGAGCUUGCUGGUUAUUAUUUUGACAGUUUGGGGUUUGGACUGAACUCGGGGCCAGUCCUUGGAUCAACAGUGAACCUGGGUGAGGAGUGGUUAGUUGAUCAGUGUGGCCUAGCUGUGUGGCUUGUGCAAGGCCAGCCUGGUGACCGCCUGGCUUGGCCACCCUUAAGGCCAGCCUGGACUGGACUGAAGGCACUGUGUGUUCUCCCCCUCCCCUCUUAUGUGACAACCAGGCUUCUCUCUUUUGGGAUGAACUGUGAUAUGCUCUCUACUGGGUAAUAGCUCAAUACUCUAAGCCCCGUGUAAAAAGAAAAUGCACUGUAAGUCAAGUGAUCACUUACUUCUAAGAUUAGGUUUAGCUCACGUAGACUUCACAGUUGGAUGAGAAGAUAAUUUUUGCAGCAAUUAUUUUUUUAAAAAAACAACAACACAAAGCAAGAAUCUGUGUGCCUUUUAAAAAUCUACUGUAGAUGCUGUGCACAGGAAUUGUUCUUAGCUGGAAUAAUUGCAGGAUCAUAUUAUGCUCUUUCCCCAAAAGGGAUGUGUUGCUGCUUAUCAGCUGGACUGAUAAUAUAUAGCAGUGGGUGCAAAUCAA